AGGAGGUUUGGGCUGCAUCAACACCACCCCAACCUCUGAUAUCAAGAACGCAAAGGAAGGCUCGUUACCCCGUAUUACUUCAUAUGUUUGUAGUUCCAAAUUGUUGUUGUGUCCGCUGUUUCCCCUGUAUUCUUCCGUAGUGGUGCAAACUACCAGGAUUAGCCGUCAGGUGAUCGGUAAUCAAUCGUUGCGUUCAAGAAGGCAAAUACGGAUUUUGUUGUCCAAGUCGUGCCGAUUUUUUUUGUAAGGAAAACCGAGUUUCGUGAAUUCAGAUGUUGUAAAAACGAACUUCGACAUCUGUUGUGGUUUACUUCAAAAAACUACUCCGCUCUUAUGUUUCCAGUACUGUCGCAGAGAACUAUCCCAAAGAGAAUCCAUUAAUAGACCCCCUUUCGACCACAGCAGCGAUUUCUCCACUUUUGAAGGUAAGAGUCUCGCUCUAGAGCUUGUUUUGUCAGUCUAAGAAUAGCUUCAGUUCGUCUUGUUACUUUCGAGUAGCAAUACCCACUGUCGUGAUUCUUGUAAGAGACCCGUGCUUGUUGAUUUUUUUCGUCCGCGUCGUCUGGGAUCCUUGUCAGGAUCCCGUCACACAAUAUUAAUCGAUGGCGCAGGCCAAGGGUUUUUCUCUCACACAUCAAAAAAUCAUCCCACUGUUCUUGGUCCUCUUCGUUCGCGGGUACAAAGUGAAUGUGGUGCAGAAGAAAGAGAGAGCGCGCGCCCAAUCCGCUACCGCGGAGACGAAGCUGCUCCUGCAGGCCGAGAACAAGGUAGAAGAAGCUGCACGGGUAGAAGAAACUGAAACAGCAGAAGGCGUGACCUACGACGAUUUGGGGAAAGGUUGGUGCGCAGAUGCGUCCGGGGGCCUGAGCAUAAGCAGCUCCUUCUUCGCGGGAGCCGAAAACGUACCGGAGGAGAAAUGUCAGGAGGUUUGCACGAAGAACGAAUGGAAUGACGCGUUUAAAGGUGAUAGGACUUUUGCGCGUUGCGAAGCAUGGAUGUAUUCCAACAAUUGUCUGAUCUUCGAUAAAACGCCAACUAGGGUAGUGACAAACAUCGACGACCUGACGACUGAAGACAGCUUCAGAGGCUGGGUGAAUUUUAACUGCCACAAGAAGAUUGAACCGGAAACCACGACGACCACUACCGUGGCGCCUCCCGUGACCGAUACCGACAGAAAACAUGUACGUAGCAUUCCACAAUCUGAAGCACAGCAGUUCAUGCACGAGAGAACCACACGGACGAAAACUGAAAGCCUAAGCAUUUCAUCCAGCAAUUUGCUCUAGAAGAGCUGUAGUUGAGAACUGUAUGCGUGGACGCUUUGAUAAUGGAACUAAAAGAUGCAUGAUGUAUUAUUCUACGCUUUUGCAGCAUCUCCAACAGAUUGCCGCUUUGGAUUUCGCAUGCUACAUACCUUUAUUUUGUCUCAUAGUCGUCCCAACCACAGCCACUGCCACGGCCGCAGGAGACGUCAGCACAUCCG